AUGUCCGGUUUUGCGGCUUCGUUCUGGACGCCGGACUACGCCACUGGUCUGGGGGUUCUGUAUGGGAAGCUCCAGCAAGGCGUUGUCGAGAACAAGCAGAUCAUCACAAUCGCAUCUAUGCGUGCGGAUGCGGAAGAUCAAUAUGGCGCCCGGUUAGGGGAUAUUGCGCCGACUGUUGACCGAUUGACGGGAGCAGGGUUUGCAAAGGACGAUGGGGCAAGCGUGAGGAAGGCAUAUGAAGGUGUCCGCACCGAGAUGGUUGAAGCGGCCAAGAAUCACCAGAAGAUUUCCUCGAACAUUCGCGAAUUAGUUGUUUCACCUUUCCGUCGUUGGUGCGACCAGCAUGAGGCACGAAUCCAGAAUUCACACGACGACCUCCAGGCCCGUAUCAAAGAACACACAAAACAGGCGGACUUGGUCAAGAAACUGCGGAGCCAUUAUUUCAACAAAUGCCGUGUGGUGGAAGACUUGGAGGAAGAGAACAAGCUCGCAUUCCAGGCCCCGGAGACUAGCCCGCCGGCCAAAGCGCCUCCUAAAAUCGUACUUCCCGAGGAGGCAGAGGAGGAAGAGCCUAUAGAGAUUGGCGAUCACGUCUACACACCUGAGGGUCUUAAGCAGCUGUUGGUACACAUGCUGGAUAACAUCAAGAUGGGCGAUGUUAAGGUGCCCAUUAUUGGCACAUACCAGAAUACAUCGACAGGUGCCGACAUUGUGGAAUACACCCAAAAACACAUGAACGCAGCCAGCGUCAGUUAUGCGGAAAGGAUCGGGCAGGAUCUUGUCGACAAUGGCUUGCUCCGGCUGGUGGGUAAUAUGGGUAGUACAUUCGCUAAUAGCAGCAAGAUGCGAUAUCAAUGGCGCCCCAAAGUGUUUCAAAUCACUGGCAUCCCCGAAAAGAAGACGCCUCUCUUGCGUGUAACAUCGAUGGCGAACAGUGAGGACGGUAGCGAGUCCCCGAUAUCUACUGUCUCAGAAAUGUUAGCAGGCUGGAACCCUCUCAACAACGCUCAUCCUAAUGAGACGCCGGCAGAGAAGCUGCGCAGAGAAGCGCGCGAGGCCGAUGAGCGGUAUAAGGCCGCUGUGCGGAAGCUGGACCAGCUUCGAUGCAAACUGGAGGAGGAGAUUGUGGAGAAUCUCCGGUUUAUGGAACAGUGUGAAUUGGACCGGCUUAAGGCGAUUAAGGCAGUUGUCCUUGAUUUCUCCGGUGCAAUCAGCAAUGUCAUCCCCAACUUGCAAAGCACAGUGGAUCAUAUGAUGCUUUACCAGGAGACUAUACAGCCCCUUGGAGAUCUCCGGUAUCUUCUUGAGAAUUACCGAACUGGAGGUUUCGUCCCUCGCGUCCAAGCAUAUGAAAACUACUACGGUUCUGUAGAAGAUCAAAACUUCGGCGUGGACCUUGAGGCCCGAGCAAGAGCUGAUCGCAAACGGGUCCCUAUCCUGGUUACUACGCUCUUGACCUAUCUUGACAAUCGUUACCCGGACCUUGAGGGUGAUGAGGCACGACGUGCUAUCUGGCUUUAUGAUGUCCCUCUGGCAGCCACCCAUCACCUUCGCAAUGUUUUGAACAACAGCAAGGCAGAUUACCAGGAAGUCCUAGAGAAAUAUGAGGUUCCGAUUGUUGCAAGCGUGUUGAAAUUGUAUCUUCUUGAGUUACCAGAUUCCCUUGUUUCUUCGCAAGUUUACGAAAUUGUUAAGACUAUUUACUCUACCACCGCUCAUGAGACGACGGAAGAAGGCCGGAUCAAGGUCUUGCAAAGCACACUUGGACAGCUUCGUCUCAAUAACAUCGCAACGCUUGAUGCUGUUAUGACCCAUUUUACACGUCUGAUAGACCUCACAUCUGCCGAUGAAGCCUACGUUUCUGCACUCGCGCAAGCACUUUCUCCUUGCAUUCUUCGCCCACGCGUUGAGAGUAGCCUUACCAUGAAUGAGCGUCACAGCUACCGUCUCAUCCGUGACCUUUUUGCUCACAAGGAUGCAAUCUUCGGCGAACUGAAGCGCCAGUCCAGCGCUCUCGGGGUCACCGGCUCCAUCAGCCGUCCCCGCGCUAUUAGCACGGAUGAGAGCAACCGCCGUGCAGCUAUGGAAGCUCGAGCCCGUGCUAUUGUGGAUCGCACUCGGGCCAACAGCCCUGCUCCUCCUCGGAAGCACAGACGGGAUCGCUCCAGCGGUCCCUCGGAGGCAGGCCGCUUCCCAGUCAACGUUUCCAGCCCGACCGAGAGGCGAACGGUCACCCGUAACAGCCUAGACGUUCCUAGCAGCAACAGUUCACCGACCACUCAGGAACAACUAUCAAACGUGAGCAUCAACGCUGCUACUGAGGCUGCUGCCACUGAGGCUACUCCCAAUGGCACCUCCAGUGAUUCCUCGGCUUCGGCUACUGCCAACGAGACUCCCUCCUCUGGGACUACGACCCCCCCACCCAUGGCGGCGAUAACAGCAUUAGAGGACUCUCCUACCCCUACUCCUACUCCAGCCGCCGAUGCAGAGAAGCGCGCUUCCAUCAGUCGCGCUUCAUUCACUCGCAAGCCCGGGCUUGGCAACCGCUCCAGUUUCCCUGUCGUCCCAAGCGGGGAAUCCGGAACAGAUAGCAAGCGCAACAGCCUGGCCGACAGCGAGCCCAAGGGCGUAACUCUGGAAGACAAGCCAAUGGAUGAUGACUAA